AAAAUCGGUGAGGUUUAACAAAGCGUAUAUAAUUGUAAAAGAAGAUAAGAAAGGGGGAAAGGAAAUUGUAGGUUUGGACUGAAACCCUAACUCCACCCGACCGCGCCCAAUUUGAUCGCCGCCGCUGAAUCAGUGGAUCAUUUUCACUCUUGCUUCCUCCCUAAAAUAUUGAGUACCUGCUAUGCGAUAUCGUAAUAUCGUCACUGGAAAAAAUAUAUGAUGUCUGAAGAUGCUGGAUCUAUGUUGGUAGUUUAUGAUGAUCCCUCGGACCAACGCUCACUAUCUUUGGAUGAUGCAAGCAGCACUGAGGAGUCACCCGAUGAAACGAGGCUCUCCUUGGAAACAACACAUGAUGCUAUUCCAUACAUUGGCCAAAGGUUUGCCACUCAUGAUGCUGCUUAUGAAUUCUAUAGUGAAUUUGCCAAAAGGAGUGGCUUCUCAAUUAGACGUCACCGUACAGAAGGAAAAGAUGGUGUUGGAAAAGGACUUACUAGGCGCUACUUUGUUUGUCACCGUGCUGGCAACACUCCUGUCAAAACAUCAACUGAAAGCAAACCUCAAAGAAAUAGAAAGUCUUCUCGCUGUGGGUGUCAGGCUUACAUGCGUAUUAGCAAAACAACGGAAUUUGGAGCUCCAGAAUGGCGUGUGACUGGUUUUGCUAACCACCAUAAUCAUGAACUUUUAGAACCAAACCAAGUUCGAUUUCUCCCUGCAUACAGAACUAUCUCGGAUGUUGACAAAAAUCGAAUACUAAUGUUUGCCAAAACAGGAAUUUCUGUUCAUCAAAUGAUGAGGCUUAUGGAGCUUGAGAAGUGUGUGGAACCUGGAUAUUUGCCUUUUACUGAAAAAGACGUAAGGAAUUUACUCCAGUCAUUUAGGAAAUUAGAUCCAGAAGAAGAAAGCUUAGAUUUAUUAAGAAUGUGCAGAAAUAUUAAGGAGAAAGAUCCUAAUUUUAAAUUUGACUACACACUUGAUGCAAACAAUCGUUUGGAGAAUAUUGCUUGGUCAUAUGCUUCAUCAAUCCAAUGGUAUGAUAUCUUCGGUGAUGCAGUGGUGUUUGAUACAACACACCGGCUGACUGCUUUUGACAUGCCACUAGGGAUAUGGGUUGGAAUAAAUAAUUAUGGAAUGCCUUGCUUUUUUGGCUGCACACUUUUACGGGAUGAAACCGUGAGGUCGUUUUCCUGGGCACUAAAGGCUUUCUUAGGGUUCAUGAAUGGAAAGGCUCCACAAACUAUAUUAACCGACCAAAAUAUAUGUCUCAAAGAAGCACUAUCCACAGAAAUGCCUACAACAAAACACGCAUUCUGCAUAUGGAUGAUAGUAGCAAAGUUUCCAUCUUGGUUUAAUGCUGUUCUAGGGGAACGGUAUAAUGAGUGGAAGGCUGAAUUUUAUAGACUUUAUAAUCUUGAGUCAGUUGAGGAUUUUGAUCUAGGUUGGAGGGAAAUGGUUUGUUCUUUUGGGCUGCACUCCAAUCGGCACAUGGUUAAUUUAUAUAGUUCACGCUCUCUUUGGGCGUUGCCAUUUUUGAGAAGCCAUUUUCUUGCUGGAAUGACUUCAACUGGUCAGUCAAAGUCAAUCAAUGCUUUCAUUCAACGAUUUCUGAGUGCACAAACUCGCCUUGCACACUUUGUUGAACAGGUAGCUGUUGCUGUGGAUUUUAAAGAUCAAACUGGAGAACAACAAACCAUGCAGCAGAAUCUCCAAAAUGUUUGCCUCAAAACAGGGGCCCCCAUGGAAUCACACGCUGCCACAAUCCUCACUCCUUUUGCCUUUUCAAAGCUCCAAGAACAACUUGUACUGGCUGCACAUUAUGCAUCUUUUCCAAUUGAAGAUGGUUUUCUUGUGAGGCACCACACCAAAGCUGAGGGAGGUCGAAAAGUUUAUUGGGCCCCUCAAGAAGGAAUUAUAAGUUGUAGCUGCCAUCAGUUCGAGUUCACUGGUAUUCUUUGUCGGCAUUCUCUUAGAGUUCUUUCAACAGGAAAUUGCUUUCAGAUUCCAGAUGGAUAUCUUCCUAUUCGAUGGCGUCGCAUAAGCAUGCCCUCUUCUAAGCUUCUUCAAAGUGCGCCAAACGAUCAUGCCGAAAGAGUUAAGUUACUACAGAACAUGGUUUCAUCUCUGAUGACAGAAUCUGCUAAAUCUAAGGAACGGUUAGAUAUUGCAACAGAACAUGUUUCUAUCCUUCUGUCUCGCUUAAGAGAGCAACCGAUUUCUUUGCAAGGUGGUCGAGAGUCCCAGAAUUAGCACACCUCACACAUACAUGAUCUUUACCAGAGUCCCAUAAGGGCCGCAUUUCCAAGUUAGAUGUUCUGGCAAUAAUUCCUUCAUCUAAAAGGCCAGCAUUGUCUCUACGAAAAUGAAAAAAAUGAAGAGAAUUGGAGAUGGUUCCAAAGAAGUAAGCUUACAAGUUAUAUAAAAAAGAAUUUCUCCCCCAAAAUAACAAACCUUGCAAGCAUUUGAUUUUGAAUCUGGUAUUGUAUGAAUUAGUCCCCAUCGUGCUAAUCUCUGCAUACAUAAUACCCAGAAUAUUUUCAGGUAAGCAAAACUAAUUUUCAGUUGCAGAAAGUAAAAACAGGACUAACUAAAAUUCAACUAGAGGUACAAACUGCCAGAGCCUAAAAGUUGAGUGCUACAAACAGUCUUUGCAUGCUCUUCCUCUCUAUUGAGAUAAUUUUAUCAGGAUCCCAUCAAAUAGUGAGUGGGCCUAGUUGUUUUUGAUACCCACAUAAAAUUUAACCUAUAGAAAAUGUUUCAUAGGGUUUGUUUUUUCCAUUUCUCCAGCCUAAAUUGAACUGGGAACCAUUCAUCAAAGCUAUAAGAGAUGUAACAAAUGCGGUCAAAUUUAUGUUGGAUUUCGCAACCACUUGACCUUGUUAGACAGUCCAAGUUUUGUGAAUCUUAAUCUUGUCAAAUCAAUUGGGAGCAGCAAAUACUAGCCAGAAGAAGAUGCAGGAUUAUAUUCUUUCCACCACUCUACCAAAAGUAACAGUUUUGAAGCAUUGUUCAUGGAGAAAGCUAACUAAGGUGGCUCGUAUUUCAAAAUCCCGGAUGUAUAUCUACGGCAAUACCAAAUUGAUAAUAGUUUCUUCUUAUAAGGAAGAAAAAAAUUGGAGUGGCAACAAUACAAAAAUUCCAGCAAAAUUCUUAAUUUAAAGGAAUAGAAACAACUUAUCGAGGAUCAUGGAUUCUGAGCAGAGAGGAACCUGAAAAGGUGGUUAGAAGUUGACGGAUAAAGAAAGUGGGAAACAUGUUUAAUGAAGGAAGUGGGUGAGAGAGAAAAACCUGAGACAGCCGAAAAUUAGUGAAGAAAGUGAGACGGAGAGAGAGGAAGUUUACAGUGACAGAAUCGAAAGACUUCAUUAGCAGAAAAGGGUAUGAGUGUUAUGUAUGGUUAGUUUAGUAGGUGAAAAAAUGAACGAUCCGGUGAAAGAAGAAAAGGGAAGAAAAAGGAGAAGAAGGAACAAUUGGAAAGGAAGGAAUAGGAGAAGAGAAAGUUGGUUGGAGAAAGUAAGGGAGAAAAGAAGAAGACCGAAUAAAAGAGGUGGCAUGCUGCAAACUUAUAAACAAACAAAGAAUCAGUGUUCUGAAGAGAGAAAGCAAGUUGUCCCUCAGAGUAAUAGUCAAUUUAUAGAAAGUUAGUAUGCAAUGCUUUAAACACUUGAAGUUUUUUUAUUAUAUUGUUCUAUUUAAUAUAAUUAUAUAAAGUUUUGAAAAAUAAA